AUGUCUCGACCAGAGUCGUCGCUGGACAGCAGUGAGAAGGAGAGAAAUGUGCCGCUCGAUCAGUCUACCACCGAUACGAAGUUCUCCGAUUCAAACACCAACAACCACACCGAGGACAAGAAGCAGGAUGUAGAAGGCAGAAUUCCAACGAGCGCGGCCUCGGCAGCAGUUGCUACGGCUGAGCGCGACUUAUACGAGCCUUACGACAAUGGCUAUCACUUUCCUCCCGCGCAUACAAAGAAGCAAUCUACUAUGAUUGGCCUCAAGGCCUUUUGGAGAUACACAUGUACGCCUCUCGGCUUCUUUGUCGUUCUCUAUUGUCUCAAUGUUGUGGCUUGGGGUGGCAUGCUGUUCUUGUUGCUCUGCAACGCUGCACCAGCCAUGUGUUAUCCGACAUGCAACGACAUCAACUCUCCCCGGCGUAAGUGGAUCGAAUGGGACUCGCAGAUCUUGAACGCUCUUUUCUGCGUUACAGGCUUUGGUUUGGCGCCCUGGAGAUUCCGCGACCUGUACUUCUUGAUGCAGUACCGUAUUUUGAAGAAACCCGAGGCUCUUGGUCGCUUGGCCGGUAUCCACCGGGGGUGGUUCCGGUUACCUGGAUCGGAUCAGCUCCCUAUUCACAUCGGUCCCAAGAAUGUGGCCGAGUUGGCGGCUGAACGGCCUGUUCUGCAGAUCCCGCACCCGGAGAAGGCUAUCCCGGACCCGCCAUUGACCGGCGUCCGGGCGCCUCCGACGCCAAUCUGGAAGAUGGACUUUGUUAUCUGGUUCAACGUGUGGAACACCUUUCUGCAAUGUGUUCUUUCUGGCUUCAUGUGGGGAAUGAACCGAUUCGACCGGCCUAGUUGGUCAACUGGUUUGUUCGUUGCACUCGCGUGCUUGGCGGCCGCCAUAGGAGGUUUGAUGAUGUUUUUCGAGGGCAAGAAGGUUAAGAGCAUAGAAGGAGUGCCGCUCAGCAAGGAGGAUGAGGAACGCCUGGCAAAGGACAAGGAGAUGGGCGUCCAGCAUUACAACAACAUCAAGGACAAGAAACCGAAGGAACCCAAGGAGAAGAAAUAG